UCAUUUGGUUCUGUUCCCAUCUCUCUGUUGUGAGAAAAAUAAUAGGCAAAAUUGCUCCUCCCUCUCCCACCCCGUCCAUUAACAGGUCGAACAAAUCUCAUGUGUUCUACCUUGUUCAUUCUGUGAAAGUUUUCCUUAGAAAAUUAAAGAUGGUUCGGGCACUGGAGGAAGAGCAAGAGAAUUACAGGUCUAGAUUGUUUCAUUUCAGAGGGAUGUAUGAGAACGCAGGGGGGCAUGCAAAGAGCAUGAGCGUUGAUAGUGGUGGUAGUGCCUUAGAUGCCGUCGAUGAUGAUGACAAUGACAGGGAAGCAACCAGAAGUCAAGGGUCCAGAUCUCUAAACGAUCAACCAUUGGAGAGACCAAAUAUUAAUGUUUCUAUAUUCAAGAAAAACGAUCAACCUCCUAUUUCUCGGUUGGCCAGAGACGAAUUAGCAGCUGGAGCCAAAGACAAGCACGUCUCCCCCUCAUCAGAUAUGGAAUUGAUGAAGGAGAGAUUUGCAAAAUUGCUUCUGGGUGAGGAUAUGUCUGGUGGAGGAAAGGGUGUUUCAUCAGCCUUGGCAUUGUCAAAUGCCAUUACGAACCUUGCUGCUUCUGUGUUCGGUGAACAAUGGCGUCUAGAGCCAAUGUCGGCAGAAAGAAAAGCAAGGUGGAGAAAAGAAAUCGAUUGGCUCCUCUGCGUCUCCGAUUACGUUGUUGAAUUUGUUCCUUCUCAACAGAAAUCCAAGGAUGGAGGUAACAUGGAGAUAAUGGUGACACGGCAACGAACUGAUCUACACAUGAACAUCCCCGCCUUGCGAAAGCUUGAUGCAAUGCUUAUUGACUGUCUGGAUAACUUCAGAGACCAAAAUGAAUUCUGUUAUGUGUCUAAAGAUGCUGACGACUCAGAGAAAGGGAAAACCACGAGGAAAGAUGACAAAUGGUGGCUGCCUGCUCCUAAAGUUCCCCCAGCUGGUCUUUCCGAAAUGUGUAGAAAAUUUUUGCAAUAUCAGAAAGAUUGCGUUAACCAAGUGCUUAAAGCAGCCAUGGCCAUUAAUGCUCAAGUUCUCUCCGAAAUGGAGAUCCCCGAAAACUAUAUUGAAUCCCUUCCCAAGAACGGGAGGGCAAGCCUUGGGGACUCCAUUUAUAGGAGUAUUACAGUAGAAUUCUUUGAUCCUGACCAGUUUCUCUCCACCAUGGACUUAUCAUCGGAGCACAAAAUCCUAGACCUGAAGAACAGAAUUGAGGCUUCCAUAGUGAUUUGGAAGAGGAAGAUGAACCAAAAAGAUGGAAAAUCUGCUUGGGGUUCAGCUGUGAGCUUGGAGAAGAGAGAACUCUUUGAAGAGAGAGCUGAGACCAUUUUACUCAUCCUCAAGCACCGCUUUCCUGGAAUUCCUCAAUCUUCGCUAGACAUUAGCAAAAUCCAAUACAAUCGGGAUGUUGGGCAGGCUGUUCUGGAGAGUUAUUCAAGAAUACUAGAAAGCUUGGCCUUCACAGUUCUGUCCCGUGUAGACGAUGUACUCUACGCUGACUGUCUCGCUCAGAAUCCAUUACAUUCUGUGUGUGCAAGGAACCUUCUAAGAGAAUCAUCAGGAAUUACAGAUUCAGAAAUGUUUGCAAGUCCUAGCGAAGAAAACAAUUUUGUGGAGACAGCCGGCUCAAUGACAUUGUCAGAUUUCAUGGGUUGGGGUGUGGAUCAAGGCAGUGCUGAAUCAUCAAAUGACAUAACAGAAUUUUCCGAUGAAGCAUCCAAAGAUGGUGAGGGGAGCCAACAUCAUAUGCAGAAACUUUCCAACAUUGUCACCAAUAAGAAGAGUUCCUAUCUUGAGAGCUUGGGUGGUUUGAGAAGUCCAACAGCACGCCAUUGAAACCAAAAAAUAUAUAACCAACAACAAUCACAGGGAGAGGGAAAGAGCUCUAGAGAGAGAAAACAUAAAUGUAAAAGACUCCAGAUGUAGAUUUUCAGAUCCAUUUGGGGCAAUCUUUGAGUUGUGAUUAUCUGUAUUCAUUCUAUUCAUUCCUUUUGUAAAUAGGGAAGAAUGAAUAAAACUAAUUGGGCUUGAAGCUUUUUUUUUUUUCUUCCUGUACUAGAAGUCCAGUUGAAG